UUUUAUAUAUAAAUAAGCGGGUCGUACUUUACCAUUCAGUAUUAAAAUUCAGCCACCUAUUUGCACAACACCGUGAAAAUUUCAAUCUCAAUUAUUUUUUUUUCGGUUUGGCGCAACAUGUCGAUAUCUCUGAUCGUUUGUCUGUAUUUGGGCAUUUUCGGGGCCCACGGUUCCUUACCCGAAUAUGAAGCCGGAACCCUCUACUCCGGCUACACGGGCGAAUAUGCCGCCAAAUACGACAAUUACCAAAAGUCUUAUGCCUACGAGUAUGGGGUCUCUGACCCGCACACGGGAGAUCACAAGUCCCAAUGGGAAACGAAAGAUAAAGACGGUACCGUGCGUGGUAGUUACAGUCUUCUAGAGCCAGACGGUUCCACCCGGAUCGUAGACUACAUUGCCGAUGACCACGGUUUUAGAGCUGUAGUUAAGAAAGUCGAUGCGCAUGGCGUCAGUGUGGAAACCCAUGGAGGAGCCGAAGAACCCCAUCAGGUCGCCCUUGCUGCCCCUGUGGCCCACCCGACUGUCGUAGAAGAACCUUCGGUGGUAUACAACAGCUACGACGGCGGCUACGAAGACUACAGCGACCUUAAGCCUGUCGUAGCCGACAUCUAUACUAAACCAGUGGAGUACGUCCAUGCUCCUAUUGCUGCCAAACCGGAGCUCUUCAUCAACGUACCGGAGCACCACGAGGAAACUUCAGUAAAUGAUAUCCACCUUUAUCCACAAGCCGAGGGUCUUAAGUUUGCUCUUCCCGAAGAGUACUGGGGACAGCAAUAUGAUAAUCAGGAAAAAUACCUGGUUCCUCAGCAGAAAUAUGUGAUUUCCCAACAGAAAUACGUGGUUCCUCAGGAAAAAUAUGUUCUUCCUAAAGACAAAUACGUUUUAACUCAACCCGAAUACCAUGUGCCUGUCGCUAAGCAGAUCCACGAGUACGUUGUACCAGAAUAUGAGGUGCCUCAGCAGUACCACGCGCCAGUGCCAGCUCCUGUAGUGAUUUAUAAGGAACGAGUACCGGAAGAAUAUGCGCCUGUUGCGCAAAAAAGUGGUGCUUACUCGUACGUCCACGAGCAAAGAUUCGAUACGCCCAAAGGGGUAGCGGUUGCGGUACCGAAACAAGAUUAUCAUUGGGUACCAGAUCUCCAUAGUCAGUACAACUUGAACGUCGAUUAUCAUCAUUACAUUUAUCAGUCUUUAUUUGCCAGAACCAUGUCCCCAAUGGGUAACGCCUACGUAACUGGUACCACCGACACCACCAUGUCCAUGUCCAGCAUGUCCAUGUCCGUCUUUACCAUAAUGGGCGGGAUGUUGGGCAUGUCCUUCACGUCUCACCACCGCUUGGAACCCAUCGUGUUUAUUGGAGGUGUACUCUACGAUCCUCUUGGUACCAUCCGGUUCGUGGACGACGUAACUUCCUUUAACCUUGUCGUGGUCACGGUGCUCCUCUUGGGAUUUGUGAUCUUUGGUGUGGGGAUCGUGGACACCGUAUUCGAAGUGGUAUCCCGCGGGAGCCUAGCCAUGUCCCCAAUGAGUGGUCUUAACGUAGCUGGUACCACCGACACCACCAGCGUGUCCAUGUUUACCAUAAUGGGCAGGAUGUUGGGCAUGUCCUUCGCGAUGUACCACCGCCUGGAACCCAUCGUGUUUAUUCGAGGUGUACUCUACGAUCCUCUUGGUACCAUCGGGUUCGUGAAGGGUGUAACCUCCCUUUACCUGGUCGUGAUCGCGAUGUUCGUGUUGAGAUUUUUCGUCGUGGGUAUGGGGAUCGUGGACGCCAUAUUCAAAGUGGUACCCCGGAACCUACAGGUUUAUGUUAGAGAACUGUUAAAACUUGUACUGAAUAAUGCCGUCUCCAAAGCCAAGCCUGAUGUGUCAACUCUGUACGACAGUAUUGAAACCCAGCUGCGAGCUCUGGAAACCCUGGGCAUAACGCCAGAUAAGUAUUCUUCUAUGCUUUACCCUUUAAUUGAGUCCUGUUUGCCUAAGGACUUGUUGAGAGUGUGGCAAAGAACUUCAGGUAUCCUGUGUGCAGAAAUCUCCAAUGAAGAGGAGCCGGAUGAAAUUGGCUACUUGCUCUUUAUCGCAUCAGACCUCACCUUAACGAUGAAUCCUUUGACUGCCCUUUGUUUUGCCCUUGUCGCUACUAAUGCGGUUUUAGCCCAACAUUACGGCUAUGGACAUGAAGAUCAUCACACCGCUCCUCACUACCAGUUUGAAUAUGGCGUGCACGAUCCUCACACCCAUGACAUAAAAUCCCAAUACGAACAUCGUGACCACGAUAACGUUAAGGGAGGAUACACCCUCCACGAACCCGAUGGUACCCAACGAAUUGUAGAAUACACUUCUGACCCGCAUUCUGGAUUCCAAGCGGUGGUGAAGAGGGUGGGACAUGCCCAACAUCCUGCUCAUUAUGGUAAACACGGACAUGGACAUGGUGGUGUCGGUGGUACCAGCUACGUUGGAGUGACCCAUUGGGGACAUGGAUCUGGCAGAUAGUUUUGUUUUUUGGAACAUUGAACUCUGUUAUAUUGUUGAUUAGUAUUUUAAUAUAAUUUUUGCAUUUGAACAAUUAA